GAUUAAUCUAAAAGAAUUUACUGAAUAAAAUGCUCAGUUCCAAUGUAUCCAAAAGAUAAAACUACACUGGGCUGUUUGCGAAAGAGUGUAGACAAGAGGAAAGACACUACGAUCCAGUUGUGUGGCUGAAGUUAAACACGUGUCCCUAUUCACAGUCAGCCCCGUGAUUUGUCCACCGCCACAGACACCCUCGCAGUACAUGACGUCCUAGGAUUGCCCAGAAAAAGCUGGUAGCCCAGUGUGACCAUGGUUUUUAAGGUUUCUUAAAAACAACGUGGUCGAACAAAAAACCCCAAAGCAACUGAAAGACCUGGAAUAAAUGCCCCAGUUAGCGACUCCUUGGCAACUCAGAUGCAACCAAAGACUUUGGUAGACGAUCAGAAAGAAACGUGAAUCUCUCUCCGUCUCUCUCAAAACAAAACAAAACUAUAAAGCUCUUUUUUACUAUUCUCUACAGUUCUGCAUCAUUAUCCCCGGUGGCUCUCGGGGAAUCGCUUCUUUUAAGGCAGGAUAUCAGAAUGCCAAACCUCUUGGUCCAGAUCGCUCCCUCCCUCCUUGGAAGGUGGGAGCAUCAUGCACUUAGAUUAUUGAAUUGCGAGGAUGGGAGUAGACCUGGUCUAAAGGGAUGUGCCAGGUGGGCACCCCGGGGUGUGUGGUGUGAUAUCUGUCCUUCGUGCACCCCCAGAAUGCGCCCCCUCCCUGGGCCUGCCCUGCGCCCGCGCGCCCCAGGCCUUGUCCGACAGCCAAGCAGCCAGAGGAUGCCCCCGCCCCUCCCGUGUCCACGCAGCUGCGGCCCCGCCCCCAGCCACAAACCUUCAGGUCCACGCACCUGCCCUGCCUUCCCUCCCGCCCCCCGCGCGCAACCACCAAGCUGCAGCCGCUCUUCUCCUCGGCCGCCCGGGUAUCUAAAUGGGUCCGUCUCCGGCACCACAGCCAAAUGGCUGAGCCUCCCUGGCCCGCUGCGCAGGACGCCCAUUGGACCCUGCCCCCCGCCGCCGCCACCACCAUUGGCUGGCUUCCGGAGUCUCGUCACUCGAUUGGCUCGUGCUGCCGCCGCUCCACGCAGGAGCUGCAGGUCCCGCCUCCACGGCGAUCAGGUGAAAGAACUCGUCCUGGACAACUGUCGGUCAAUUGAAGGCAAAAUCAAAGGCCUCACAGAUGAAUUUGAAGAACUGGAAUUCUUAAGUACAAUCAACGUAGGCCUCACCUCCAUUUCGAACUUACCAAAGUUAAACAAACUCAAGAAGCUUGAAUUAAGCGAUAACAGAAUCUCAGGGGACCUGGAAGUAUUGGCAGAAAAAUGUCCGAACCUUAAGCAUCUAAAUUUAAGUGGCAACAAAAUAAAAGACCUCAGCACAAUAGAGCCACUGAAGAAGUUAGAGAAUCUCAAGAGCCUAGACCUGUUUAACUGUGAGGUGACCAACCUGAAUGACUACCGAGAAAACGUGUUCAAGCUCCUGCCCCAGGUCAUGUACCUCGAUGGCUAUGACAGGGACAACAAGGAGGCCCCUGACUCUGAUGUUGAGGGCUACGUGGAGGAUGACGACGAGGAAGAUGAAGAUGAGGAGGAGUAUGAUGAAUAUGCCCAGCUAGUUGAAGACGAGGAGGAAGAGGAUGAGGAAGAAGAAGGGGAGGAAGAAGAUGUGAGUGGAGAGGAGGAGGAGGAUGAAGAAGGUUACAACGAUGGAGAAGUGGAAGAUGAGGAAGACGAAGAGGAGGCUGGUGAAGAAGAAAGGAGUCAGAAGCGAAAACGAGAACCCGAAGAUGAGGGUGAAGAGGAUGACUAAGGGGAAUUAACCUGUUUGGGAAAAUUCCUAUCGUGAUUUGACUGUUUUUACCCAUAUCCCCUCCCCCCUCCUAUUCCUGCCCCCAAAACUUAUUUUUUUCUGAUUGUAGCGUUGCUGUGGGAAUGAGAGGGGAAAAGUGUACUGGGGGUUGCCGGGGGGUGGGCGGGAGGGGGAGGAAUAAAAUACUAUUUUUACUGCCACUCUUUUUAUUUUCCCCCCUCCUUUUUCCUCGUGUCUGGUUUUGCCCCCGUAAAUGCAAUAGCUUAGCGCACACCCAGCAAGUAUUUGUUCCUACUCUCAGAGAGGAUGGCUUGGCGGCCGGCCUCUCCAUUUUCUGGUAUAUCUCACAUCCCCAGAGUUGGUCAGGAGGCUGUGGCUGGCCUCCCAGAUAACUCACAGCUGAAGAGGCACAGAAUCCCAGCCUCUGUGUUCAAUCACUCUUGUUCUGGUUCAUGUGGUCUCUGCCAGAGGUACCCAGCACCCUGGUUUGUAAAUAGCAUCCUAAAGGCGUAUUUUGGCACUGGUUUGGGGACAUUCCCCAUCUCUCAUCCCUUCUCCCCCUUCACAGAUGGCAGUGGGCUUUGCUUUUGCAAAGAGAACUUUUGUUACUCCCGGCGCUGUGAUCCUGAGAGCCAAAAACCGGCAGGCUUAGGAAUGGGUUGGUAAUCGUAAUGAAAAGAAGCAAACCUUCAUAUUUUAACUUCUUUAAAAAAAAAUAUCAUGUUCUAUCUUGUUCUGUAAAAUAUUAGAGCAGUUUGUUUUGCAGAAAUGACAGGAGGACUCAUCUCGGGUACUCCAGCUUAGACUCUUUUUACAAAUCUAAGCUCUGGAGGCACGCUGCAUGUCCACUGGGUUUUUGUUCUGUUUUGUUUUCCUUCUCACAUACAUCAGGAGCACGGAAAAGGAAUGCAAAAUUGUAUUUUCUUACCUAGUGGGACUCUGAAGUGACCGCAGAUUCCUCCUAGUGAAUGCUGUUUGCUUUCAGCACCCCCCUUCCGGAUCGCUUUAGAAGUGACGUGCUGUUUCCUACACUGUUUCAUUUGUACAGAAGAACAUCUGCAACUCAUUUUUCUCCCACCCUUGAGAAGAGCCAAACUUUGAGUUUUAUGUCUGUUUGUCAUUGAUAAAUUUCAAUAAAUCUUUUUUAUACAA